ACACAAUCGGCAUGCGUGAGAGAGAGUAAAAGAGAAACAGAGAGAGGGGAGAGAGCAAGUGGAUGAGAGAGAGGGAGAGAUCUAAAGGCAAUUGUUGCUUAAGAAAUUUCAUUUCUGUCCUAGAGGAGCCAGCUGGGAUUGGAUAUUGCAGGUUAAACAGCACCAGGCAGAAGAUACAUCCAGGCCACUCAAGGAGAUGGUUGAGUUUAGAGACAACGCUCACUACAUGUUUCGGUUCACUUAUGUGGCAUCAAAAACACAGUGGAGACCUCUUCGUUGUCUUCUGUAGGAGACGGUCAAGCUUUCUUUUGUUUUAUCUGUGGAAGCUGUGGACAAUAUGAGGAACUCAGUCGCGCUGGGCCAGCCUGGGAUUCUACUUCUUCUGGUCACAUGUCCUUUGCUGACUAUCCUGCAGGGUGUCACCUGUAAGGCAGAGAGUGGACACUUAGGGGACAAUGAUCCUGACAGGUGUAUGAGACAUCAUUUUGUUGAGACCAUCACACAUCCUAUCUACAAAUGCAAUUCAAAGAUGGUUCUCCUGGCUCGAUGUGAGGGUCACUGCAGCCACACGUCCCGCUCAGACCCGCUGAUCUCUUUCAGCUCUGUCCUGAAGCAGCCUUUCAAAAGCACGUGUUUCUGCUGCCGUCCACACACCUCCAAACUGAAGGCGGUACGUCUGCGAUGCUCGGGCGGGACACGGAUAACCGCCACUUACCGUUACAUCCUUGCGUGCAGCUGCGAGGAGUGCAGCUGAAUAAAUGUGUUAUGGAGAAAGACCCUCUGGCUGAAAAAAAAGGGGGGAAAAAGAAAAGUUGAAGGUACACUUCAUUGCUGAUGAUUCAGAGCAACCAUUUUAAGAUUCAUUAGCACUGCCAACAACCCAUCAAGACUUCAAGAAGAAUCACAUGUAAAGUGUCGCAUGCACUCGGAUUUCCAGAUGUCGGCCUGGCCGUCGCACCUGCGCAUGCGCUCAGCCAGUCAAUUUACUUUUAUUGCAUUCCAUUGUUUUGAUCACCACGUGUGUAAAAUAGCGGAUGCCGACAACAACAUUGUAAAUCUUGAUGGAAAUUUGAUGAAGCUGUGGGGGAGUCACUUUGGCGGACUAUGUUUUACAACAUCUGAGAUUUAAUACACAGGCCAGGACAGAAGGCUGGAUGUUUGCAUAGACAAUGCAAGUGGUGAACUAUAUAAGUUUGAUUUAUAACUAGGAUAGAAUUUAAAUGAAUAGUUCAUUAUUUACUCCUGUCUUUCCAAACCUGAAUGGCUUUAUCUCUUCUGCAGAACACAAAAGAAGAUUGUUUUAACUGUUUAAUUCAAUGAAAGUCAGUGGAGUCCAAAACAACACUGAAACCCAUUGACUUGUACAGACAAAACAAAAACUGAGAUAUCUUAUUUUGUGUUCGACAGAAGAAAUACAGGUUUGGAACAACAAAAGGGUUAGUAAAUGAUGACAGAAUGUUCAUUUUGUGGUGAACUAUCCCUUUAAGGUCUCUGGAAUUGCCCACAUGUUCCAGGCAUACAUCUUUGCUUCAUUAUACCGGCUUAAUAUUUGAACAAUGAAAAAUACUCUUGUACAAAUCAUAGUGCCAAUUAUAGACUUUGUAAACCUCCUUCAGGUUUUUACUGUGGGGUUCACAGUGAUCUACCAUGCCAGACUGUAUGUGGAAAAUGUCAGUGUUAAGUCUGUUUAUUUCAUCAUCAAAGUCUCGCAAUGGCUCAUGACACAUAAUAGCAGCAAGUUGUCAAGCUAAUCACGUACAGUUAUAAUAACUAUGAUGUUUGCAUUGUGGAAUUGUACAGUAAAUGACAAAUGCCAUAUAUAAAAAAAACGAAAGAAAAUGUAUUGUUCCUCAAAUUUCUCUAAUCUGUGGAAAUAAAUUCACCCUCUACAAACUGCUGAAACUGUACCGCUGGGAAAUUAUGACAAUUUGCUUGCUGGACAGGUUUGUACUCCACUAGAAAUAUGACAGCUUUUUGGGCUCUGCACAUGAAUCUAAUAAACAGUGCCCUUUUGUUUUUAAAGUC